AAAAGAGGAGUAAAAAAACACUAGAGACGUUUCAAGAUCCUAUAAAAUAGUCUCUCUCUACCAUUACUACAUGUGCUCUGCCGCUUUUAAAUCUCUCAUCUUCUUCCUCGUGUCACUCUUUCUCUCACACUCUGCAAAACAUUUUCUUGUCUCUCUGCCCAAAUUUUUAUUUUCCAGGAAUAUUUCCUAGAAAAACCCAAGCAAAGCUAUUAAUCCCUUCCUCCCCCAAAAGUAGCAUCUUCCUCUUUUUUUUUUUCUCCUUUCAUCUCCUUAUCUCUCUCUAGUUUGUGAACGAUUCCUUAAGAAUAUAACUAAAAGCUCUUUUCCCCUUUCUUCAACUUUCCGGGAAAAUCUUCACGCAGCAAGGUUUCUCCUCUCUCGCAGUGUUUUUCGUGCCUUUUAGUUCUUUCUAUAAAAAAAAAAUUCGCGUCCUUUGAGAAAACUUUUUUUUCCAGUAUCACUCUUGCUGUUCAAGUUUCUUCUUUUAAAAAAUUUAUCUUUAUUCUUUGUCUUCUUUCCUUUUGUUUUCUUCUUUUUGCUUUCCCCAAUCUCUAUGUUAUAAACACACAGAGAGAAACAGUCACAGUCUUGAGUUAAAAAAAAAACAGAGAGAAAAAAAAUGGAAGCGGAGAAGAAAAUGGUUCUACCGAGAAUCAAAUUCACAGAGCACAAAACCAACACGACGACAAUCGUACCGGAUUUAACCAACAAUCACCAAACCAGGGUUCUUCGUAUCUCAGUCACUGACCCAGACGCUACUGAUUCCUCAAGCGACGACGAAGAAGAAGAACAUCAGCGGUUCGUCUCUAAACGCCGUCGUAUCAAGAAGUUCGUCAACGAGGUCGCUCUCGAUGCUGGUGGUGUUACUGGUAGUUGUAGUCAAAUGGAAUCAGAGAAGAGACAGAAGAGAGCUGUGAAAUCGGAGACUGCUGUUUCUCCGGUGGUUUCAGCGACGACGACGACGACGACGACGGAGAAGAAAUUCCGAGGAGUGAGACAGCGUCCAUGGGGAAAAUGGGCGGCGGAGAUAAGAGAUCCGUUGAAACGUGUACGGCUCUGGUUAGGUACUUACAACACAGCGGAAGAAGCUGCUAUGGUUUACGAUAACGCUGCGAUUCAGCUUCGUGGUCCUGACGCUCUCACUAAUUUCUCAGUUAGUCCGACGACGACUGAGAAAAAACCCCCACCACCUUCUCCGGUGAAGAAGAAGAAAACGAGCAAAGUCAAAAAAUCUGUUACUGCUUCUUCCUCCAUCAGCAGAAGCAGUAGCAACGACUGUCUCUGCUCUCCGGUGUCUGUUCUCCGAUCUCCUUUCGCCGUCGACGAGUUCUCCGGCAUUUCUUCACCACCACCGGCGGCGGUUGUAGUCAAGGAAGAGCCAUCGAUGACGACUGUCUCAGAGACUUUCUCAGAUUUCUCGGCGCCGUUGUUCUCAGAUGAUGACGUGUUCGAUUUCCGGAGCUCAGUGGUUCCCGACUAUCUCGGCGGCGAUUUAUUUGGGGAAGAUCUAUUCACGGCCGAUAUUUGUACGGAUAUGAACUUCGGAUUCGAUUUCGGAUCCGGAUUAUCCAGCUGGCACUUGGAGGACCAUUUUCAAGAUAUUGGGGAUCUAUUCGGGUCGGAUCCUCUUUUAGCUGUUUAAUAAUAUUUUAAAUAAAUAAAUAGUAUUACCGGCCGUUACUAAACGGAACCGGAGAAAGUUUUGUAUACCGGUGAAAUAUAAUCUCGGUUAUGUUCUUUUAAUCUUGUUUUUUUUUUUUAGUAAUUUUGUUAUAUAAAUCAAAUGUAGUUAAUGAUGGUGAUAUUAAUUAAUUAUUAUUAAGGUUUAAGUUUUUUAAAAAAAGUUCCGUCUGUUAACAGUAAUGGGAGGUCGAGUUUUCUUUUUUGCUUC